AUGGCAAACACCACCACCAGAUCCCCCGUGAGCUUCGGCUCACUCCCGGCCGAACUCAGGAACGAGAUAUACCACUACACCCUCGUCGAAGAGACACCCAUCCAACUCCCAUACGCCUACGAAAACACCCCAUUCCAUGAACCACCCCUCCUCGCCACAAGCGCCUGGAUCCGCGCCGAAGCAGCACCAAUCUACUACGGCAGCAACACCUUCUCCGCACCUUCCCCACCCGCCGCGCACUUCUUCCUCUGCAAAAAUACCGCAGAAACUAUUUCCCUGAUCAAAACCUUCCGCCCGAUCGACCUCGUGCUGCCAUGGUCUGCGCAUAAAAGAUGGACGGAUGCGUUGGUUUGGAAUUUGAAUAGGUUGGUUAAGAAGAAUCUCUGUCCCGAAGCUGUGGAGGUACCUCUCAGAGGCGAAGAGGGCGACUUGGAGUGGUGCAGGUUGGCAGACAUUGAGGGCUUGGAGGUUGUGUGGCAGGGCGAGGGGUUUUGGAGUGUACAAUGGAAGGAUGAAGAAGAAGAUUGA